UUGCCCAGCAGACGGUUCGCUCUGCCUACCUUCCCUCCCUCGUAACCUAACCUUACGACUUCACUUCCCUCAUUCCCAUGCCCAUUCCUGCCACCCACGCCCCUCACCUAUUUCUCCAGCACCUCAUCCUUUCCGAGAACAUCUUGAAACUCAUAUAUAAAAUCUUAAAGUUCGGAUAUUAUUGAUAAUUAUGUAAGGAGUGUACAGUGCCUCUCUCAAGAAAUUGCUUUCUUUAGUGCCUCGUUCAACAGGUGUCUUAAAGAGCCACGAGUGCCACAGAAUAAGGCCCUGGCACACACCUUCGAUAACUGGGGUCGUAGCUCGAGGCUCUGACGACCUUGGCACUGAAGGCUGUGUGUAUGAGAGAAGUCACCAGGAAGCUACAGCGUGGACACAAGCCUGUCGUCGACGCUCUUUUCAAUAAAUGAGGACUCGACGUUGAUGCUUGGUAUUGGUCAACCUCGAGUAGCGCUGACACGAGGUCUCCAUCCCUCACUCUCACUUCCUCACUACCCACUCACCUGCUGCUCACCCUCACUCAGAAAGAGCCGAGAUGGGUACUCUGGUCGGCCACUUGGUUCCGGGCACCUUCUUCGUCCUGUUCGGCGUUUGGUUCACCUACCGAGUGUUCCUGAGGUUCUUCAUGUGUCAGCGGGCAGGGGCGGUGCUGGGCAGCAAGGGUCGUGUCCUCUACCGCAACACCGUCACCUUCCGCUGCGGCUGCUCUCCGCAGCUUCCUCUCGAGGGCAUUCUCAAGAUCGCCGCUGCCGCCGUAGGCAUGACGGGUGAAUGUGCCACAGCGUUCGAGGGAGGCAAAUUCAAAGCCAUUGGAAACGCCCAGCACAUGACCAUGUUCUUCUUCUUCGGGCUGAGCGGCGCCGUGGACGUUCUCACCCACUACAGAGUCCCUCUCCCACCGGAUAUGGACUUUGUCGCUGCCAUCCUAGCCUUCUCCAUGGAAGCUCUCCUCUUCUACUACCACCUUCACGGCAGGAGUCCCAUGGAUGUGCAGGUACACAUGCUGUUGUUCUACGUAGUGGUGGGAUGUGCUGUGGCCUCCACACUGGAGAUGUGCUACAAGAACAAUGUUCUGCCUGCCCUAUGUCGCUCCUACUUCACCCUCCUACAGGGGACGUGGUUCUACCAGGUGGGGUUCGUGUUGUAUCCACCGUGGACGAGGCAGUGGGACCAGCACGAUCACUCGCAGAUGAUGAUGGUGACCCUCCUCUUCACCUGGCAUAAUGCCACCAUCUUUGUCUUCAUGGCGCUAGCUGGCACCGCCAUAUACCUUCGUGUCAAAGCGUUGCCUCAGUCAGCUCUCUAUUGCAGCCUUUCCCACCAUCAGCACCACACACAGCCUUCCAGCAUCACAAACUUUGAUACGGAACACACCAAGAAUAUCCUGGAAGACUCGGACGAGGAAGAAGUCUGAUUUUUCUGAUCAAGAGCCAGCAUCUUCAAUUGCUGGGCACCAAUUUUUCGAACGUCUGCGAAGGAUACAGUCUCAAAAUAUAUUACGACUAGUUGACUAGGGGUGCUAGUCAAGCUAGUUUUUUUUUUUUUUUAACAUUUCAGCAAUUGUUUUCUUUCAGUGCUUCUUAAUAUGCUUAAAAAUUCACAAACAGGCGAAAUUAUUUACAAACAUUGUCUCUACGUCCACAGCAGGACUCGAACGUGCAAACUCUGUAACAGAGUAACCAGUACUUUACCACGGAGCUAGACCCAAGAAUAAAAAAGGGCGUCCAGCCGGAGCCAGAUCGAUGUAUAUUUCCCAAUACCCCCGAGCACCAAGCUCGUUUUGAAAGUUAUUUCAUCGAAUCCUGCACAGA